GCCUUCUUGUCACAACUUGCCCCAGAACUGGCAGAGAAGGGCAGAAAGGCAUUCUCAAACCGAGCCUCAAUGACUCUCAAAUCAGCGGGCCAGUCUGAACUGCUGAAGGAAACUGGGCUGGCUGAGUUACCAGUGAUGAUGAUGUUGAUGAUGGUCACAGCUAACGCAGGUCAGAAGAUUGGCACACUUAUAGACCUGGCAUCCGACACAAAUUACAUCACUCACAAAGCUGCCGAAAGACUUGGCCUGAGAAGUGAAGACAUAGCGCUGGUCGUACAUGGAGUUGGAGGCAUGACAAUGAAAGUCAGGACGAAAAGGUACCUCCUGAAGGUCCGAGUCAAGACUCCCAAGGGGACUGAGCGAGCACAUCAACUGGUCUGCUAUGGCCUGGAGCAAAUUGCAAAGGUCCAUCAAGCAACUGAACCCGAAAAGUUGAAAAGCUUCUUCCCAGAUGUCCAGCUUGAGGAGUUAGAAAGACCAGAGGAAGUCGAGCUCCUCAUAAGCCAUCGCGAGGGACGACUCGCACCCCAAAGACUAAAAGUCAUCGGUGACCUUGUCCUAUGGGAGAGCCCCCUGGGCAAAACAGUCGGUGGAGCACACCCUGACUUGCUCGAAGAAGUGGAGGUGGCAGCAUAUGAGUCAAGAACCCACUUUGCCCGCUCCAUGAGAACCGCUGCUGUCCGAUACCAAGAGAUCACAGUCCCAGCGUCUGAGCCAGGCCGGCUACAGCAGGACGAUGUGGCCCACGCAACUACAUCUGCCAGUAACCGUGAAUUUCUUGAUUGGUGGCACUGGGACAGCAUCGGAGCUGCAUGUGAGCCGAAAUGUGGAAGCUGCCGGUGUGGAAACUGUCCUCCAGGAGGAAAGGACAUGACCCUGGCGGAGGAGAGGGAGUUUGAGAUCAUUAAAGGAGGACUCACCUACAAGAUGGAGGACUCUCACUCCUCAACUCCACACUGGGAUGCCAAAUAUCCCUGGACUGAAAAUCCAGCCUCUCUCCCCAACAACAAAAGAGCAGUCCAAGCUUGCUUCUUGAGAAUGGAAAAGCAACUGAGCAAAGACCCAGACUGGAAAGUUGCAUAUUCCACCCAGAUCCAUGAAAUGGUCCAAAGAGGCGCAGCCAUAAAACUCACCAAUGAAGUCAUGGAGAAGUGGAAAGGACCAGUUUGGUAUGUCAGCCACUUGGUGGCGCCAAAUCCCCAUUCAGUGACUACACCAGUUCGUAUUGUCUGGAACAGCAGCCAAAAAUACAACGGAGUGAGCAUGAAUGAUCUUCUCCUAAAAGGACCAGAUGUUCUCAACCCCAUCAGAGCUGUCCUGCUCCGAUUCAGAGAAGGAGUGAACGCAGCUCUGGGCGACAUCAGAAAGAUGUAUAACUCUGUCUGGUUGGAAGAGCGAGAGAUGCAUCUGCACAGGUUCCUGUGGAGAGACAGCCCAGAAGAGGAAAUCAGUGAGUAUGCCGUCACCAGAGUCAAUAUGGGCGACAAACCUGCUGGCUGCAUUGCUCAAUUGGCCAUGAGGGAAACUGCAAGUCUGCCCAACUUCACUCACCGGCAGGAUGAACGCAGAGUCAUUGAAGAAGACAGCUACGUGGAUGACCUGUUGACCUCCCACAAUGACCUGAACAGACUUGACCAAAUCACAGCUGGAGUUGAAGAGGUCCUAAAGGCUGGAGGCUUCUUCCUCAAACCAUGGGUCAGGUCAGGGCAAAGUGGGAGGAAAGAAACUGAAGCGGAUGUCCUAAAGCCAGAGCAAGGAAACACCUUGAUUCUUCCAAACCAAAUAAGAGAAGGAGAGAACAAAGCCCUGGGCAUCGGCUACCAGGUGGACAAAGACAAACUGUACAUGCUGACGGCGGUUAACUUUUCCAAUAGGAAGAAAAAGAUGAGAGUUGGCAAAGAUCUUCUUGAAGAGGAGGUGAGAGCUGAAACGCCUAACCCACUGACGAGGAGAGCUCUCCUAAGCCAAGUUGCUGCACUGUACGACCCAAUCGGCCUAGUUGCACCGGUCAAGCAGAAGGGAGCAAUUCUCGUCCGUAAAGCAUUCCAAGAAGGAGGGGGUGGCAAGCUGACCCAAGAAACCUGGGAUCAACCUCUUUCAGAAAGACUCAGGGAAGAAGCCAUACAGCUCUUCGAGGAAUAUGCCCAGCUUGGACAGGUGAAAUUCCACAGGAGCCUCACACCGCCCGACUGGAAAGGGAAACCCUACGGCAUCACAUUUUCUGACGGAAGUGACAAAACCUAUGGUGCUGUGAUGUACGUCAGAUGGGAGACAAGUCACGGAACUGAAGUUCGAUUCGUGGAAGCAAAGGCCAAACUGACACCCCUGGACCAAAAGGGAGAUGCUGUAAAAGCAGAAAUCUGUGGCGCAGUCUUUGCUGCCAGAAUUCGGAAGUACGUGGAGAAACAUGCCCGUAUGAAGAUUGAGAAAUGGUUCCACCUACUGGACAGUCAAACAGUCCUCGGGGCCAUCCAACGAGAAUCAUACGGAUACCAAACCUUCUUCGCCAACAGAGUGGGCGAAAUCCAGAUGUCCGGGCCAGUGCAAGACUGGUGGUGGAUCAGAGGAGAUCUGAACGUUGCUGACUUAAUAACAAGAGGAGGCAAUCCCAAAGACUUAAAUGAGGAAUCCACAUGGCAAAACGGACCAGAGUUCCUGAAGUGGCCAGUGGAGGAGUGGCCUAUUCAGUCAGCUGGAGAAGUUGCAGCCCAGGCCAGGGAGAGUGUAAACAAGCUUCAAAGAAAGGCAUUCUCUGCUGCACUGACCAGAGCUCAAGCUAAGAUGAGUCGGCAAAAAGAAGACCCACUGGCCACUCCGGAAAAGGAAAGUCCCUGUGAAGAAUCGAAACCUAUUAUGCCAAGAAGAAAACCCACUAGCUGGGUGAAACAUCUUGUGGAUGUAAAAAGGUUCAGUAGCCUGACAAAACUGAUCAGAGUUGUUGCCUGGACACGACGAGCUGCCGAGCAGUGGCUGAAGAGGAGGUCGAACCCAGGACAACCAAAGUGGGAGGCAACACCCAAGCAGGCUGGAUUGGCUGGCACUGAACUAGAAGGUGCACGUGAAGACGUCUUCCUCGCAGCUCAAGAAGGGAGGAUCCAGAUAUUUAACGAAGAUGAGACAGCCGUGCCAGUCUUGCCAUUUGAAGCAUGGGUGUCAACAUUGCUGGCACAAGAAUCCCAUGACGCUAACCACGAGGGGGUAGCAGGAACCCUUCUACGGAUGAGGAAGACAGCAUGGAUAAUGAAGGGCCGGAGAAUUGCCAAGAAAGUAGUUGACAGCUGCAUAGUUUGCAGAAAGAACAGAGCAAAGAAGUGUCAACAAAUCAUGGCAGACUUACCUCCAGAGCGAACCACCCCAGCUGCUCCUUUUGAAUUCACAACCAUGGACCUAUUCGGCCCUUAUGAAGUGAAGGAUGAAGUCAAGAAAAGAACCAGACUGAAAGUGUGGGGAAUCGUCUUCAGUUGCAUGGCCUCCCGUGCCAUACACACUGAACUAGUGAGUGACCAGUCAUCCCAAGGCUUCCUCCUCGCCUAUCAGAGGUUCACGUCACUCAGAGGACAUCCCAGGAAGCUCUGGUCAGACCCCGGCACAAAUUGUGUGGGCGCCAAACCUGCUCUGGAACAGCUGUACACAUUCCUUGACCGACUGGACAAGUCUCAAGUCGAAGACAUGGCUGCCAACCAUGGAACAGAAUGGUCCUGGAAGAUCCACCCUGCGGAUUCUCCCCACAGAAAUGGUGCUGCAGAAGCGGCUGUCAGAGUGGUCAAACGGGCCCUGACCAAUGUCGGCGGAGAUGGUGUCUUCACCUGGGGUGAAUUUCAAACCUUCCUCUACAUGGCUGCCAACCUUGCAAAUGAGCGACCAAUCGAUGCAAGAACUCAAAGCAGGGAAGACUGUGUGAAAUACAUCACCCCGAACUCUCUGCUCCUAGGGCGUGCCAACCCUAAGGGAGAUCCUGGAGACUUCCAGUUUGAUCGCUAUCCUUAUAAAAGACUGCAAGUAAUUCAAGCUGAAGUCACCAAAUUCUGGAAGAAAUGGAGCCAACUAGCUGGACCCAACCUCUUCAUAAGAAACAAAUGGCACACCAAAGAGCGAAAUGUUUCUGUCGGAGAUGUGGUCUGGUUGGCAGACCAAAAUGCCCUGAGAGGACAGUACAAGCUGGCCAGAGUAGUCAGAGCCAAUACGGACAGCAAAGGCAUCGUAAGAGACGUGCUUGUGAGGACCUUUCCCAGCUAUCCUGUCCCCAUCAAGAAGACAAGCGACAAAGAAAAACCGACCACGAAAACCAAGAGGCUCAGACAUCAAAUCCCAGCAACAAUCCUGCAUAGGGAUGUCAGACGCCUCAUCAUUCUAAUUCCCAUUGAAGAACAAAGGAAAGAAGGACCUGUGUGACCCCAUUGGGUUUUGAAAACCAUGAGGGCCAAGUGGGAGGUGUGGAGUUGAAACUCAGUGUGAAUGAAGUGUCCCUGCCCUGGAAGUAAGGAGCUGUCUCCUCCUUAAUCUUACUCCUUGGUGAAGUACCAGAAAGAACUACAUUUCCCAGAACACCAAGGUCAAGAUGGCCACCAAUUGGCUGAUUCAAGGCAGCUGUUAAGGAAUGGUGGUGCUGUCUCAUUUCAUGCAAGCAAGCAGAGCGGCAAGACGCAAAAAUCUACAAGAUCCAUCUUUAAAAGACUUCCAACACACCAAUGGUCGGUGAAUAUACCCACUUUGCAAUAUGCUGAAAUGCUUAUUUGUUAAAACUCACCUUGACAUGUUGGUUUACUUACCUGUCUUAAAUUGUUUUUAGUUUGAACCACAGCAAAUUUACUCCAACCUUGAGCAUUGAUUGCAUCUGGGUAUUUUCUUACUGUUUGAUAAUUAAAAAGCUUGAGUUAAUUGAAUUGUUAAAUAAGCUCAAUUUAAAGGGAUAAAAAGUCAAAGA